AUGGCCUUCUCUACCCCCAAGCAAAAGAUCAAAAUCGCCCUCUCCAUCGACUUUGACGCAAUCUCGGGCUGGCUAGGCACAUCCCAACACCCGGACAACAACAUGGCCGACAUUUCUUCCGGCUACUUCAGCGGCUACGUCGGCGUGCCCCGUCUCCUCAAAGUAUUUUCCCGUCUCGGUAUCUCUGAUAAAGUGACUUGGUGCAUUCCGNGCCACUCCAUGGAGACAUUUCCCACACAAACAAAGGCAAUUGUCGAGUCAGGGGCUGAGAUCGCAUUACAUGGAUAUUCUCACGAAGGUAGUACGCAAAUGACGGCACAACAAGAAAAAGAUGUGUUGGUCAAGACGAUGAAGCUAGCCCAGGAGUUGACGGGAAAGAAACCUAGAGGGUAUAGAGCACCGCUAUAUCAGAUCCAAGAACGCACGGUGAUGUUGUUGCAAGAGCAUGGUUUUCUUUGGGACUCGAGUCUGGCGCAUCUGGAUAGUAUGCCUUACUUUUUACCUAAAAAAGUGGACAAACUGGAUACGAUAGAGUUUUCUCCUGACAAGGAGGCGAGUAGUUGGAUGAAGCCUUCCAAGGACUUUAUGAAGCUGGAGAAGAGUUCGCUAGUAGAGAUCCCUUGCAACUGGUAUAUGGAGGUAAGUGCUUUCCGUUCAGACAUUGUGACUGUUUGUGGCUAA